CUUUUUUUUCCUCGCUCCACUCCCCUUACUUCCCUACUUCCCUCACUCCCUUAUUCCUCACUCCUUCAUUCCCUCACUCCUUUACUCCCUUACUCCUCUUACCCCUUUAGAGCCUAAAACCUAUCGCAUUUCAUUGUGUAAAUAAAUUUGUAAUCCCUCUCUUAAUCAUUCCCCCAUUACAAAACCAACUGAAAUCAACUCUACCAUGACUAUCACACUUGUCUCACUGGAUAAUCAACAGUUCAAGGUUGAUAAGGAGGUCGCUGAGCGAUCCAUUCUCAUCAAAAACAUGAUUGAAGAUGUGGGUGAGAGUGAUGCACCCAUUCCUCUACCCAAUGUGUCGUCUGCUGUGCUGACAAAGGUUAUUGAAUACUGUGAGCACCAUAGGAACGAUCCUAUUCAAGUUCAGGACGAGUCAGAUGAUCCUCGCAAGCGUUCCAAUGAUAUUGAGGAAUGGGAUAGGAAGUUUAUGCAAGUGGACCAAGAGAUGCUGUUUGAGAUCAUUCUUGCUGCCAAUUACUUAGAUAUCAAGCCCUUACUCGAUGUAGGAUGUAAGACAGUGGCCAAUAUUAUUAAGGGCAAAACGCCCGAGGAGAUUCGGAUGGCCUUCAACAUUGUCAAUGAUUUUACGCCUGAGGAAGAGGCUCAAAUCAAGAAGGAGAACGAGUGGGCUGAGGACCGUUAAAAAAUUAAAUAAAAAGAACGGACACCAUGAAAGCAGGAUACGGCAAGCCUUGGUUUUUUAGCACUUGCCGUUCACAUGUUAAAUUACAGGCUGGCCAUUAUUCACAGGUCAAUUCAUUCGAAGCAUGAUUGCUAUUGAUUGCUCUUCUUAUCGUGAAAUUAAACAAUCAGUUUACCUCUUUCUUAAAGGACUGGUG